UCGGUGAGUGAGUGAGCACGCAAACCAGUGUUUGUAGCCAGCAGCCGCAAUGGCUGGGAACAUGCUAGCCAACUAUGUCCAAGUCUACGUUAUGCUGCCGCUGGACGUCGUGAGCGUCGACAACAAGUUCGAGAAGGGCGAUGAGACCAGGGCGCAGCUGAAGAAGCUGACGGAGGCCGGCGUGGACGGCGUCAUGAUAGACGUCUGGUGGGGGCUGGUGGAGGGCAAGGGCCCCAAGGCAUACGACUGGAGCGCCUACAAGCAGGUCUUCGACCUGGUGCACGAGGCCGGGCUCAAGCUGCAGGCCAUCAUGUCGUUCCACCAGUGCGGUGGCAACGUCGGCGACAUCGUCAACAUCCCCAUCCCACAGUGGGUGCGCGACGUCGGCGCCACCGACCCGGACAUUUUCUACACCAACCGCGGCGGGACGAGGAACAUCGAGUACCUCACCCUUGGAGUGGAUGACCAGCCUCUCUUCCAUGGAAGAACAGCCGUCCAGAUGUAUGCUGAUUACAUGACGAGCUUCAGGGAAAACAUGAAAAAGUUCUUGGAUGCCGGUACCAUCGUGGACAUUGAAGUGGGACUUGGCCCGGCUGGAGAGAUGAGGUACCCAUCCUAUCCUCAGAGCCAGGGAUGGGUCUUCCCGGGCGUCGGAGAAUUCAUCUGUUAUGACAAGUACCUGGAAGCAGACUUCAAAGCAGCAGCGGCAAAGGCUGGCCAUCCUGAGUGGGAAUUGCCAGACGAUGCUGGAGAGUACAACGACACUCCCGAGAAAACCCAAUUCUUCAAGGACAACGGAACAUACCUCACCGAGAAGGGGAAGUUUUUCCUGUCAUGGUACUCCAACAAACUGAUCAAGCACGGUGACAAGGUCUUGGACGAAGCAAACAAGGUCUUCUUGGGAUGCAGGGUGCAGCUGGCAAUAAAAAUCUCUGGCAUUCACUGGUGGUACAGGGUUCCAAACCAUGCAGCCGAGCUCACAGCCGGGUACUACAACUUAGAUGACAGAGACGGCUACAGAACCAUAGCACGCAUGCUCACAAGGCAUCAUGCUAGCAUGAACUUCACUUGUGCAGAGAUGAGGGACUCGGAGCAAAGCGAAGAGGCGAAGAGCGCACCAGAAGAACUAGUCCAACAGGUGCUGAGUGCUGGAUGGAGAGAGGGUUUACAUGUGGCGUGCGAAAACGCACUCGGUCGAUUUGAUGCCACUGCUUACAACACAAUACUCAGGAACGCGAGACCGAAAGGCAUCAACAAGAAUGGCCCUCCUGAGCACAAACUGUUUGGGUUCACCUACCUCCGGUUAUCGAAUGAGCUACUGGAGGGACAGAACUAUGCCACUUUCCAAACUUUUGUUGAGAAAAUGCAUGCUAACCUGGGUCAUGACCCAAGUGUUGAUCCAGUGGCGCCUUUGGAAAGAUCAAAGCCAGAAAUGCCAAUUGAAAUGAUCCUGAAAGCAGCGCAGCCAAAACUGGAGCCAUUCCCCUUUGAUAAGAACACCGACCUGCCAGUUAAAGAUCACACUGAUGUCGGGGAUGAGGUGGUGCACGCCGGCACCGUCGCGGCCAUCAAGGUUGGCCCCCCGCCGCCGCUCUCCGCCGGAACGGACAACUCGGACGAGGCAAGGGACUUCGACCUGCCCCUGAAGAACCGGUUCUACCUGCAGCCGCUGCCACCGGCGGAGGCGGCGGUGCGGGCCAAGGAGUCGGCCCAGGACAUCCUCAACCUCAAGCCGCUCAUCGACAAGAAGCAAUGGCCGUACGUCAUGAACGACCUCCGCCUCAGAGCCUCCUACCUGCGCUACGACCUCAAGACCGUCAUCUCCUCCAAGACCACCAAGGAGGAGAAGAAGGACCUCAAGGACCUCACCGGCAAGCUCUUCGCCACCCUCGACGGGCUUGACCAUGCAGCCAAGAUCAAGAGCCCCACCGAGGCCGAGAAGUACUACGGCGAGACCAAGACUGUUCUCGGCGAUGUCCUCGCCAAGCUAGGCUAGAUGGAUCCGCAUAAUGGCCGUGUUGCUUUCAGGCCUUUUAUGUUUGUUCAUAUUUGGAAGCCGGCAAUGUAACUUCCCUGUUGAUAAUAUGUCAACAAGCACUUAAGUAUGAUUCUAUCUUGAGAUUCAGUCA